CAUUUUCUCCAUGGUUUUGUCUUGUAGCAGGAUCUUUGAUGACGACAAAGCUUUCACAGCCACAGUCUACACUGGCAAAAAGCCUAACUUCAACAAGUACAAAUGCACCCUAUUUUAAAGCAUUAGAAAGUACAGAAAUUCCACCUUACGUGACUAAUUGUCCCAGCAACGGGCUCUGCAGUAGGUUGCCACCAGACUGCAUGACAUGCAACACAAACUAUUCCUGUAUAUAUGGGAAGACAGCAACUUUUGAUUGCAAAGUCAAGCCACAUGUUCAUUGUGUUGAUGAGAAUAACCAAGAGCAGGAGAACUUUACAAUUAACAUGACGUGCCAGUUUUGCUGGCAGCUUGCCACAAGUGAUUAUGUCUGUACCAAUUCCACAAACUGCAUGACAGUUUCCUGCCCUCGACAACGAUACAAUGCAACUUGCACAGUCCGGGAUCACAUUCAUUGUCUAGGUAACCGUGUCUUUCCUAAGAUGCUCUAUUGCAACUGGACUGGAGGUUAUAAGUGGUCUACUGCCUUGGCACUAAGCAUCACCCUUGGUGGAUUUGGUGCCGAUCGUUUCUAUUUGGGUCAGUGGCGGGAAGGUCUGGGAAAACUCUUCAGCUUCGGUGGACUUGGAAUAUGGACACUAAUUGAUGUGCUGCUAAUAGGUGUUGGCUAUGUGGGACCUGCAGAUGGAUCUCUCUAUAUUUAAAUGUGGGUGCAAUGUGUUUCAGAGAGGAGUCAUUGCCUGCAAAGGGCUCUAAAUAAACGAGUGUGGAGGUUUGAGCCUUUAAGAUAGAAUGAAGAACAAGUGUUUGUUCUAUGUGCAUAUGUUUUAAUGUACAGUAUCUGUACUUGGUUUGCCUUUAACUAAGGUCAAAUAAAAGAGUGGAUCACUGA